CAUGCAAAAGAAACUCGCCCGAUAAGCGCCAUCAAAUGUAUUUAUAAAGCGCUUCGUACAUCAGCUGAUAUCUCAAAGUGCUGUACAGAAACCCAGACUAAAACAGCAAGCAAUGCAGGUGUAGAAGCACGGUGGCUAGUAAGAACACCCAUAGAAAGGCCAGAACCUAGGAAGAAACCUAGAGAGGAAUCAGGCUAUGAGGGGUGACCAGUCCUCUUCUGGCUGUGCCGGGUGGAGAUUAUAACAACAUGGCCAAGAUGUUCAGAUUUUCAUAGAUGACCAGCAGGGGCAAAUAAUAAUCACAGUGGUUGUCGAGGGUGCAACUGGUCAGAAUCUCACCAGUAAAUGUCAGGUGGCUUUUCAUAGCCGAUCAUUAAGAGUAUCUCUAUCGCCAUUACGACAACCUCUUUUACGAGUUGAUUGGGUAGCUGGGUAAACGGAAUCAGGUGCACCUUGUAUAAUUAGUACAGCUCAUCGGUUCUUAAAAAAAAUAUAUCCAAAACGUGGUCAAUGGCCCAACCCUCUUCAAUUCCCUAUUUAAUUCCCAUCACGCUUGCCAUACUGGUUCCUAGAUAGUUAUAUUCGUUUUGCGAGUACGUAAAAUCUGUUCAUUGCCUGCCUCUCCCCCCCAUUUUAGCGUAAUAAUUUAAAGAGCUUAGUGUUCUUAAAGCCUUUUUGUGCUUAGACAUACUUUCAAAAGCUUUUGAAAAUCCAGUCAAACAAAUAUACAUGGUAAACUGUAGAAAAUACCAACACUGAUUGAUGAGAUGAGGAAGUGGAGCUGAAUUGUGUAGGAAAUGUCCUUCUCUUCACCCUGCGUUUUGUUUAAUUCUCCUACAGAUAUGGAAACAACCGCGUCUACAGCACAGCAUGCAUUUGGAGCGGGCCCUCGUGGGCCCAACCCAGCCCAUGGACCUCAACCGGGCCAGGGCCCCCGACACCCAGGUCACCCUGGACCUUACGGAGUUCCACGUCCCGAGGAUCAGCCCCCACAUCAGCAACACCAGCAGCCCCAUCACCACAUCCAGCACAGCAGACCAUUCUUCUACAUACACCCUUCCCAGCCAUACGCUUCCCAGCCAUACGCUUCCCAGCCAUACCCUUCCCAGCCAUUCGCUUCCCAGCCAUUCGCUUCCCAGCCAUUCCCUUCCCAGCCAUUCCCUUCCCAGCCAUUCCCUUCCCAGCCAUUCCCUUCCCAGCCAUUCCCUUCCCAGCCAUUCCCUUCCCAGCCAUUCCCUUCCCAGCCAUUCCCUUCCCAGCCAUUCCCUUCCCAGCCAUUCCCUUCCCAGCUUUACCCCUCUGCUCUACCCUAUCAGUGGCCCAUGCCAUACAACCCUUACUGCGGCUUCCCUGGGAUGGGAGGUUAUGGUAUGAUGAUACCGAGUCCCUUCCAGCCCAGUCCCUACAUGGAGCCUCCGGGUUACAUCCUACCCCACUCUCAGCUCCACCUGGCGGACUACAGGCGUAUGAUCAACCCCCACUACCACACUACCCACUACCCACAGACCAUGGCUUACCAUGCACGCAGGUUCCGCUACCAGCACAAUGCCCCAGCCACCAGCAGGGAGAUGAUCAACUCUGAGGUACAGACUGAGCCCACAUUAGGAGCAGCACGCUCUGACCCCAAACUCUCUAACGCUGACUCUUCUAUGAAAAGUAAUGUCCAAACCAACUCUGAAUCUGGCAGCGACACCAGUUGCACAGCUGCCCAGUCACUAUCCCCAGCCUCUGCUGUGCAGGAGGUGAUGUCUAAAUCACCAGCUUACCAGGAUAUUGUAUUGGCACCCACCCCCAACAACACUCCUAUUUCCACCAGGUCUGCUGCACCCCAGAAGGGUAGCUUUGUGUUCCAGACAGAGGUGGAGGAGUUGAGGCUGGAGUGCCGCAGCACGCCCACAGGGUUAAAUAUCCUCCACUCCCAUGAGACAUCUGAACUGUGCACCGCCCACAGCGUGUCUGCGACCGAUGAAGACUUGGUACAGCUCUGCUCUUCCUCCUCCCUCCACCACCACAAGGUCUCACAGGGCAGGAUGCUCCAUGGCCAGGAGGGGAUGGGUUUGGUUGGGGAGGAGGGGGAUCAGUGUCUCCAGCAAGCCUGCACGGAUAUACUUCUAAUGGAUGGAGCAUGCUCGAGUGGCGGACCAGAUAACUUCCUUGCUCUUGACGAUUGCGACUCAUUCAUCGCGAAAACACUGGCCGAACGACCAGGGAAUUCUGAAUCCGAUAUGGACUACAGAGUGGUGGUCCAAAGCCACACCGCAGAUGGUCCUCAAUUUACAAGUGAUGAUGGAGAACUGAGCUCCAAGAGUGUCUAUUUUAAGAUCCUCCACCUGCCCUUUGACAUGCAGUACUUAGAAGAGCUGAGGAAGAUUGAGGCGUCUGUGUGGUCGGCGUCUCUGGCACCGUACGUCCCCUCAGCAGAGUUUAUGAUCCAGCAGGGCCUGAUGGAGCCACACAGGGAGGCACUGAGCCCUGUGGUCAUGGAGGAAGUCCCCAUGGUGGAGGAAGUACCCACGGCAGAGGUGGUCCCCAUGGUGGAGGUUGAGGUCCCUGGGGCGGAGAAGGUCCCCACGGCUGAGGUGGUCUCUCUAGUGGAGGGAGUCCCCAUUGUGGAGAGCCCUUCGAAUGAAAAUGUUUUAUUGGCAGAGAUGGUCCCCAAUGUGGUGGAGGUACCUGCAAUAUCCAGUCCUAACAAAACGGACAAUGCGCCCAUGUCUCCAGAGACCAGUCAAAAGAGGGGUGCGGUGAGUGACCUUGAUCAUCAGGAUACCGCCUUUGAGGGGUUACCCAUGUACCGUCCCUCAUCUAGCUGGCUGGGCGACUUUGGCAACGUCUACUAUCACAGCAAGAUGCCUUCUGAUGUUGAGGAACAGCGCAAGAUCCUCAGAGGCAGCCCACUUAAGGUGUCGAGCCCCAAACGGAAACCAAACCAUGACCAAGAGCCUCAUUGUGUUUCAGUCACUACAACCGCUCCACUCAGGCUUAAGGGAGAGGGAUGCAGACCCGGAGACAAGGUUGACAGGAGGAGCUACUCUGAUCAAGAGUUCUGUGCUAACCGGACCUUCAAUGUGAACACGGUGACUUCUGGUGGCCACAAAAGGGAGCGCAUCUGUGCCAGAUGUUUGACGACAAAAUGCAGAGUAAACAAGAGACCUGGCAGUCCAGGACCAGGCCUGGAUGCUCCGAUUGUAAAACGACAAGGGGUCCCCAUUCCACCAUGGGAGGAAUAUAUCCUAGCCCAGACUUGUGCAGCCUGCAAAUGCCUUGCCCGGAGGCGGGUAACGAGGAAAGGUUCCGGUUCAGAUGUUCCCAGCGGACCACAAAACGAAGAGACGGAGGGUGAGACCUCUGAGAACAGUUCUUGUCGGGCAGGACCGGGGCCCAAACUGAGGGACCCCAGGAGGUCUCAGUCCUCCAUGAAGCGCCACUCUGAGAAGUGUCCCAUGGGUCCACACUCAAAACUGAGGGAGAAGAACUGUUCCUGUGAAGAGCCCCAUCGGCCCCCCGCUGCUGGUUUGGGGGGGCCGCGCCGCCAUCCCCAUGGCGAUGUCAUCAGGGAGCGAAAUGAGGAGAACCUUGGCGUGUGCGUCUCUGUCCCACUUCAGGACAAAUGGAGAAACCAACACCAGGACCAAUGCUACCUCGCGGCACAGAAAUCUCAACAAGAGAAGUUGUGGAAAGCGGCCUUGUCCAACCCUGACAACACUGAAAGUAAUAUUAAGCUCGGACCCAGAGACUUGAUUAAGCAGAAGAAACACAUUUCUCAAUCACAAGGACUUCACAGAAAAGACACAAGAUGCUAAUUUUUCACAUCCACGUUGUAACGAGUGAAGUAAAUGCACUUUUAUUGUUAUCCUCUACACUUCUGAAUUAACUCUUAAAGCUCACCAUGUAUGUACUCACUAUUUAUGAAAUGUACAAUAAACACUUGACUACA